AUGGCGGUCAUUUUCGCGAAGCAAGUGAAAAAUAUUUCAAUUGCGAUUUUUACUUUCGCCUCUUUGGCGAUCAUCACUGAUGGCUAUGCCAUUUCAACCCUCAUCGUUACGGACAUCACGACUGGAUUGGCUCUUGGUACUCUUGGAGCUCUUUGCGGAAUUUUCGCGGGAAUUCUCGGGAUGAAAUCUUAUGAUCAAGAAGACAACAAGGAAAUGUUUAUGAUCAUGUACGACGCUUGCCAGACUUUUUGCUACAUCGGAAUGGCCGGAUGCUUUGUUGGUCUCUGCUGGAAUGGAUUUUUGAUGAGCUUCCUCACAGCCAGGGUUCAUCAUCCUUAUUCUAAAGAUGGAAACAUUUAUCAACUAGAAGGAUGGAUGAAGGAUACAUGUGACAAGGCUGCUUAUGCGACCUGCCCAAAAGUCCUUCUUGACCGAGACGAUCCCGAUAUUAUUCUUCGAGAAGAUGAUUAUGAAAAUUGCGAUAACAAAGAGGACGCUGCUGCGAUCACAUCGGUCUUCGCCCUUUACAACAUCGAGAUCAUCUCCCUCAUCGUCGUCUUCUGCCUUUUGAUCGCGCUGGCGAACUCAGACGACUUCUGUUUCUGUGGAGGAAACAAAGUCGAUCCUGAGGAAGAUGAAGAAAUGAUCAAAGCCGCCGAUUCCGACGAUGAUGACAGCUCAGAUGAAUCGAGCGACGAAGAAAACGACCCAGUUCCAAACGAAGUCAACGUCAUCGUCGAUCUCGAAGAAACUCAAUCCGAAGUCCGCCCAAAAACGCCCGUAUCGCUCUUUUCUCCUUCUCAGCGAUCUUUUGAGACCUUUGUCGAAAACGAUCCAGUGACUGGAAUUGAUCUCAACGGACUUGACGAUUACGAAGACGUCUGA